AUGGAUGCAUCGGAGCUUGACCUGGACGCCAAACUCUACAAAGCAUCGGGCACUCUUCUUGCUGAACUUCAGCACAAGCUACCAUUAUUGUUGUAUCGUGGUGAACGGGCUCCUCGAAGAUGCGUCCUCGAUACGAAAAGCACAGAGCUGAGUCUACUGCUCGACAGGUUCCAAGAGUGGCCUCAGCUCCUUGAUCCCUGUUUAGCAAAUCUCGUUCAACUCCUCACUGAUGCCUUUCUUGGCUAUCUCACUACAUCAAAAGAUCAAUAUGGUCCGACCCGAAGCCGAGGUACAGCCGGUGUCUCUCCCUUGCCCCGGGCGAUAUGCAGCCUUCUGUACUCGUUGUGCAAAGUCAGAGGAUACAAAGUUAUUGUUCGUUUGCUCAACAAUGAGCCCAAGUACCUGAAGCUUAUGCUUUCCACUUUCCGUGCCUGGGACGUGCCUGGGGCGGGUAUGACCUGGGAAGAGCGGUAUAUUAUGUUGCUAUGGCUCUCCCACCUAUUGCUUGCUCCUUUCGAGUUGGCCACCAUCUCGGUCCAGGAUGGGCGGGUCCGUGACGCCGCUGUGCCAGGGGAACUGGGUGGCCUGCCCGGCAUAGCGGGCCAAGUCAUCAGCCUCGCUUUGCAGCAUUUGGGUGGCGCCGGCAAAGAACGUGAAGCUGCAAGUAUAUUGUUGGUACGCUUGAGUUGGCGAACGGACAUGCAAGCCAACGACUUGUCCACACGGCUGGUGCACUAUACUAGCCGUGAAUUGCUGUCGAGUUCCGACAUGGCCACCCUCACACCGUACCAGGCUCUUGGUUUCCUCUCACUUUUGUAUGGUAUUACCAAUUCUGGUUCGGACAGCGGAGUCGCACCAUAUCUACAAGCUCUCUUCGAUUCGACCAUGAAAAUUGCUCUGGACCAACGCAAUCAGUUUGCAUCCAUCAGAGACUCUGCCCCUGCAAGGAAGUGGGUUCUCAAGAUCUUGCGCGCCAUCUUAACACAUGCUUUAUCGUUGAGUUUGAGAGACAGUGCAAACCAGCCGCAUCAGCUCAAUGCGAUGCUAGAGGAGAGUAUCCAGUAUCUCCUUGACGCUCUGGGCGAUAAUGACACGCCCGUCAGGAUGGCCGCCGCCAAAGCGCUCAGUGUGAUCGCACUGAAACUCGAUCCAGCCAUGUCUGCUGAAGUUGUUGAAGCCGUCUUGGGCUGUUUGGAAGAAAAUGUCCUGCUUGAGGAUACUCACACUCAGAGACUUGUUGCUAUCACCGAUACAGCUCGCGCUGACACAAUAGGGAUGAGGAGAAAUAUAAAUGCGGUCGAUCCGCUGAGAUGGCAUGGUCUUAUGCUGACUCUUGCCCACCUGCUGUUUCGCCGAUCACCGCCACCUGACAUGCUGUCAGAAAUCCUCCAGGCGCUGAUUCUGGGUUUGGAGUUUGAACAGCGUUCAAAUGUUGGAACUUCACGGGGAGUCGGUGUACGCGAUGCAGCAUGCUUUGGUUUGUGGGCACUGGCUCGAAAAUACAGCACUGCCGAGCUGGAUAUGGUCCCGGUUGCGAGUUUUCCCGAAGUGAGCAGGAAUGAAUAUUCGGACUGCAAAAGCGUCUUGCAGUUAAUCGCUAUUAAGUUGGUCGUCUCGGCUUGCUUCGACCCUUCGGGCAAUAUUCGACGAGGCGCUUCCGCAGCGCUACAAGAGUUGAUCGGCCGGCAUCCUGAUACUAUCGCUGACGGCAUCCCUGUCGUCCAGAUUCUGGAUUACCAUGCAGUAGCCCGACUGUCUCGAGCUAUGACCGAAGUCGCUCCGCAGGCAGCUGGUUUGGAUGUGGUCUACCACGGACCUCUUCUACAAGCGCUGACAGAAUGGCGGGGUGCACGUGCUGCUGAUGUGAAUCAGCGUCGCUGGGCUGCCAGCGCUCUUCGGAUACUAACGAAAAGCUCGCCUCUAUCAAAGACGUCCACUUUCGCUGAGGCCAUACUCAAGCGGCUUUCUGAUCUCAAGGCUGUGAACAUAGGUAGCACGGCGGCUGCGAGACAUGGGCUGCUCCUAGCGCUGUCGUCCAUACUGCAGUCGAUGAGGAAAGGAGAUACUCAAUUCGUUACGUCCUGGUUGGGGGGAAACGGAAGGUUGAUCCUGGACCUUAAGAAGCUGACUGGCAAAAUCGAAGGUCGCACGACAGCAGAUAUUGAAUUGGUGAUGGAAGGUGUAGCUGUGCUGGUCCGCGAAAUAUGUAAGUGCUCAAACUCUGCAGAUCCUCCUUGGGUGUCCAUGCAGGGUUGGACGGCAACCGCCGUUGAAGUCCUCAACCAUUGCACAGUGGCUGGAACUAAGGACAUUGUUGUCCGCUCAAGCGCCGAAGCCUUUGUGGAGCUGUUCAAAGUCCUUCCACCUGAAGCGGGCAUGGAGUUGAUCGAGCGAUGGCUGGACAGCAAGCAGCAACCGCCAUCUGCUUUCGCUAGCAAAGGCCGCAUGAAAGUGCUAAGCUUGAUUCAUGGGCACCUGUCAGCACGGCUGGGCAGCAAUGAAACCCGAAAGAAGAUUCUAAAGUACAUUAUUGGUAUCAUUGAGGGCGUUUACAAGAUCGAGACAAGAGUCGACGCCAUGGAAGCUCUCGGAGUCAUCCUUACAAACGACUUUUCAGAGCACGCGGAAGUCUCCGUCACCCUGUCGAGUGUGCUCCAACGAGGCCUAACAGACUACACGAAUGAUCAGCGAGGAGAUAUUGGCUCGAUCUUGCGCCUUCAGACGCUCGAGACGGUCGACGCUUAUCGUGGUCACUGCAGCGCUCAUGGUGAGAGCGCUGCGGUCUUGAGACAAGUAAUGCCUCUAGUGGUGAAACUCGCCGCAGAGAAGCUAAACAACGUGCGCUUCCGGGCCUGGAAAUGUCUUGAGAACUACCUGCAGACAGACUCGUCUUUACCUGCCUUUCAGGGAACCUUUCAAUUCCCAGCAGAUGUGUCUUCGGCGGCGUAUUUUCAGCAACUCAUGCGAUUAUUGUCUGUGCCUUGGGCGCACAGGCACCUCAUCCUCGGCUUUAUCUCGUCCGCAACUUCCGGGAGCGAAGAUACCUGUCGUGCUGCGAGCACAGCAUUUGUCUCAUACAUGCAGUCUUUGGAACCGCUCCAGGGUGAAGAAUCGAUCGCAAGGGUGUCAGCUAUAAUCCUGGAAGAGCUUGCAUUGAGGGCUACCGAGGAUGACCGGCAGGUCCUGCCAUUGCUUGACUUUCUUUGCUUUAUGAUCGACGAAGACCUUUUCUCUACCAAGCUGUUCGGCCAGUCGAACAAUGUCGACUUGGAAAUUUGGAGCUCCAUGCAGCGACUCCACAGCCCGUCAUCAACCAUGCAACGGAUGGAAUCAUUGAUGAAUGUGUAUUCAAGGCUGUUGUCUAUUGAUAUUUACCGAGCUCGUGCGUUGGACAAGCUCACACGUCAGUUGCUCCACCGCUGGCCCAAGGUUCGUAACACUGCAGCCGACUUGCUCUACCUCGAUAGUCCGGUUGAGACUCUAGCUUCAAACGACUGGAACGCUCCUGUUGCCCAAAACAAGGCAGUGGUUCUGAGCCUGCGGAAGCAGCUCGGCGUGGUCAGUCGACCGAAUGCCAACGGACAGUGA